AAAUCCGCCAACAUCAGCUACUUGGCGCGCGCAUUCAAAGUCUCUCUUCCUUUGCGCGGCGCAUUGUUUGUAGUUUAGAAGCUUUCUACAUGUUUUGUUUUUUACUCUAUUUAUCUUUUAAUUCUUGAUAUUAAAAUGGAUCCCAUUGAUUCUCCGAUGAUUUUUCCAAACUCACCGAGAAAAGCACGAGGACAAAUCCAGAUCAUCUUCGGACCGAUGUUUUCAGGCAAAAGCACCGAGCUGAUGAGGAGAGUUCGUCGUUUCCAGGUCGCCCAGUAUAAAUGUUUAGUGGUCAAAUACGCCAGAGACACUCGAUAUUCUGACACGGGCAUGGCCACGCACGACAAAAACACCAUGGAGGCUGUACCAGCCAACUGUCUGGGAGAUGUUCGGUCCCUGGCGCUGCAGGCCUGCGUCAUCGGCAUCGACGAAGGCCAGUUUUUUCCAGACACAGUGGAGUUCUGUGAGGAGAUGGCUAAUUUAGGGAAGACGAUCAUCGUGGCAGCUUUGGACGGAACCUUCCAGAGGAAGCCGUUUGGGAACAUCUUGAACCUGGUUCCUCUGGCGGAGAGCGUGGUGAAGCUCCACGCCGUCUGCAUGCAGUGUUACAAAGACGCCGCCUACACCAAGAGGAUAGGAGCAGAGAAGGAGGUGGAAGUGAUCGGCGGCGCUGACAAGUACCAAGCGGUGUGUAGGAAGUGUUACGGCGGUCUCGUCGUACAAAAGGAGAACAAAUCUCCCCUCAGAGACACAACCCCCGAGCAGCUCCUGACGGGAAAACGAGUGGACCCCGACUUUCCACGGAAACUCUUUUCCCACCUCCACUUCUGAGAAGACUUUCAGCUGUCACCUGUCGCUUUUGGGGGAUGUCGGUUUAAUGAGUUUUGUGGUAUUUUAUGAGCUUUAUUGUAAAUAACAUUUUAGCACCUCCCGUUUCUUCACGCUUGUUUUUUCUAACUUAUUUAAAUGUUCUUUUUGAUGUGAAAAUGUACGUUUAGAUAAGACGUUUCCUCGUGGAGUCAGAAAAUCUGAAGUUUACAAGAGUGUAACCCUGAUCUUUGAUCAAGUGUCCCACUGCGGUGGUUAAACUGGUUUUGUAUGAAAGCGUUCGGUUAAGUGUGGGACUGGUGCAGAAAACCAGGAAGUCACGCCUUUAUUUACCAGGCAAAUGAACACAAUCUCUCACCGCCUCAACUGCAAGGCACAAACAAUAAAACUUGAACAAAUCAA